AUGAAGUCAACGGAGACCUCCAUCGACGACGUUGAUGUUUUUGAUCUCACCGCCGACACGGAUGACGACUCAACCCAAUUCUUGCCGCCCAUUCCGGAUUCCAUUCCUAAUUCCAUUUCACUACCGCGCAGGUACAGGCAAGGGGGCGCAACUUUCACGGCUAAUCCCCAGGGUUAUUUUGAGCGGACGCGUAAGAGGAAGAGUAGCGAUAUUAUCAGACCCGGCCAGAAGCAGGCCCGCUUAGAGAGUACGCGAAGAUCAAUACACUACGACGCGGUCUAUCAAAACCAGAGGGCUGUCAAGAAACACAUUAUCGUGCGCAGAACCACAAACACUUCAGAACACGCCAAAUUCUACAUCGUACGAUGUGAUGAACAUGACAUCAGCUUUGAUGACAAUCCGCUCCAGGACGCCUUGAAACAUCUGCGCGCUAAACAUGGCAUCUUAACAGCGAACCAUGACACCGUUAUGGAGCGUCUCGCCAUUGAAGUUAUAGAAUGUGAUGAUCAGAAGUUUGAGCAGAACAACGCCAUCGCUCGGAAGGCUCUGGAAAAUGAGACUAACGCCUUGGCCAGAGACACUAUCAGAGUGAAGGAUGACUCAAAUCGGUCAGAGUUACCUAACCCCAAGAGGAUUCGCCCAGACUUUCCAACACCAAAACAAAAUCCCAGCCGAAAGCCGACACGACCACGUCAGCGACACAGCCAUUAUGAUAACGAGGAUAUCUCACUCAACUUGGUCCCCGGCAACGUCUACAUCAUCUGGUGGUUUGAAACAAAACAGUGGUUCGGUGGCCUUCUUAUUCCUCCCCAGAAUCUGGAAUCCGUGGGUAUCCAUAAACCACUCGAAAUGCUCGAUAUUUUCAACACUCUGCCGGUCUGUUAUCAGUACGACACUUCAAGUAAAUCGCUCUCAUGGGCUAAGGAUUAUGAGGAGGGUGGACCAAAAUUCUCAGAACGAUAUUACCCAUUCAUCUUUUUCGAAGGCUUCAAGUUUCCCGACAAAUGUCAUCAGGCAUGGAUCCAGAUAGAUAACAUCCUGCCCUGGGAUGACGACAAGGCAGCUCAUAUCGAACACAAAGAACAGGCUAUCAAUUUCCUGAGAAAACAGAAGGGGCGAAAGAAACGGGGGAGACAAAGAUCGGAGACCGAGGCCGAAAAACCAGAUUCCAUGGAUGGCGGAUGCAGAGAUUCGGACCGCGACGAAAAUUCUGACGUUCACGAAUUUGAGCGUUCUUCACCCUUGGCCGAAUCCUCAACCGACAAUCAAGCAGCACCAGAGAUUAAUAUUGCUACACCUGAUACCAUCGAUGAGCCAGAAGUCGCAGCGGAGCUCGAGCAAGUUUCAAAGAAAGCCGCAGUUGAUCCUGCGCAGGACACCGAGCUACCUGAGCAGUCAGACGAUAGCGACCAGGAGAUGAUAGAUGCUCAUGACGAUAUCGAAGACCCUCCGGCGCCUGAAUCAGAGCAGACCACACAAACACCAGAUUCGCAAAUCCAAUUUGAUAAUGAGAUGGACCUAGGCUCGAUCGGAGACAUGGGCGAACCUGAACAGGAGGAGGAGAUGCACCCAUCUGAGGAUACUCUAGAGGAGUCACAAGUGACGACGACGGCAGGGGAGGUGCCGCACAGUGAAAAUGACAUGGCACAAAAAGAUACUCUUAUAACAAAGUCACGUCAGGAUGAUUCAACAACAAAAACCCCCGAAAGGAUAAUCAUCGAGAUUCAAGAUGACUUCAUCGAGGAGGCGCCACCUACUAACACACCUAGAACUGAUAUGCAAUCAAUCGUCGACUCAGAGGACGACGUUGCGUCGCAGCAACCUGACCUAGCAGCCCAAUCCGAUAUAAACCGUCGGGCCGAGUUAAACGAGAAGACGCAGUCAACUUCAGCACGUCAAGAUGAUCAAAAUCGUUGGACAACUGAAGAUAUGCGAAAAACAAUGGAUGGUGUUUCGUCUAAGAAGGAUACCGCUGAAAGGAGUUCUUCUGAGAUUCCGGAGACGACGGAGACGACCCUGGUACAACGGCUAGCUGUGGCAAAGCAAUCGGCCUCGAUUCAGCUGCCAGGACAAGACAUUGACCUCAACAGUUUGUUAGAAGAAGGCGAAAGCCUCGAAUUGCACAUGUCGCAAGCUGAGAACACGGCGCAACAACAAGCGGCAUAUUGCGAACCCAGCCCGACCUCCUCUGACGAUGAUCGUCUUGCACACGAUAUUUUCGAUGCCCUCAUGUCUGAGGAUCGUCAACCAACUAUUCCCACGAGCCCGCCCCGUAUGUUGCACUCUAACAGUGACACCUUUCGACCACGUGCUUCAUUUGCUGGCGUGGGUGGACGAUAUCCUGCGUCGUCUCCGAUGAGCGAAGAACAUUCCCAACCGUCUCCAUAUGCUCAAAUGGGUAAACCAGCAUCUGUACACUCGCGACCUGUGUCCAAGGGCAGCGAUAUGCGACAAUCGUCGUAUGAGGAAACAGGUACACCAGCUUCUGCCACGCGCCGUUUGUCAGCUACUAGCAACGCAAGGCGGCGUUACUCUAAUGCUGAGAUGGAUCAACGGACUCCCGUGUCUUCUAGACCAUUUACGAAGAAUGGCGAUAUCUCUCAGCAACAUUCACAUACCAAAGAGGGUUUGAACCACGAGCCUCAUUUACAAAACGUCACACCUGGUAGCAUGGAUCAAACUGAACCUCGCCUAUUAACUCGGGAGCAUGAGCAAUCAUCACCUGUAACUGAAACAGCGAUACAACAAUGCCCAGUGAAGCCUCAUGGCGAAACUUGUUCAACGGCAGACACCGCACCAGUGCAGAUGCCACUUCGUAGCGCCGCAACUCAUGAAAAUCUUCCAGUGAACCCAAGUAACGGGUCGCAGCAGGUGACCAUGUCACCACCAGAGUCACACACAGAGAUAUCUCAGGCUACCCCCAUGCCUUCUGGCAUACAAGCGACAGCCCCAUCGCAACCGUCAGCUAAUGUCCCUCUACCGGGUUCCGGGGCACCCAUAUAUCCGCACAUACCGCCCAUUGUUGAGUUAGACUCUUCACAGUCAAUGUCAACAUCUGAUCGAUACGAAAGAUCAGUUGAUUCAUCUUCUUGUCAGCCGCCUAUCGCCAACCCGCCAUCUAGUUCUGCGGCAACACACUUUCCUGUGUCACAAUUAACAUCAUCGGCGCAACAAUCAGCACGAGAGGUCUUACGGUUCCUCGAAGCGACUGAGUCAUCUUUUCAACAACCAGGCUAUGAUGCUCUCUUGCCACCUUCUGGAGGCAAUCUCGGUCCAGACGCCUCUUCACGACUCGGCCAACAGGGGUACUCGGCGAUUUUCAAGACUCCUACCAUUGGAAACAGUCAUGCGUCCAAAGAAGCAAUGCGAUCGCCGCGCCAGUCCGAUAUACAUAGCCUCCCAGUCCCUUACAGUAAUACUGCUGUGCUGCAAGCCAUACCGUCGCCAAGACCUUCUGUUUCGAGCAUCUCCCGAUCAAGCUCUUUGUCUCAAGGCUAUACGGUACCUCCUCUCCAGCCACUGCCAUCUACUUACCAGUUGGUGGGUGAGGUGCCUAGGGCUGUAUCUAACACUCAAGACUUUCGUGUUUACCCUUCGCCUCAACAACCCACUAGAGAGCUCUCGAUAUCCCACACUGCGGCGUACGGCCAAUCCAGACCAUACAUAGCAGCUUCCUCACCACAUACAACUACGAUCCUACCCCCGCCAGGUACUCUUGCUCAGGGUCCACCUUCGUCGCAAGUGAGUGCUUCACCACAGCUGCAACCGAUGGAGAUCUCUCGUCCCAACUCAGCCAUGCACGAGAGUAGGGCCCCGACUUCCCCUCGACAGUAUGCAAUGAGAUUUUCACAACCUGGACCUACUGUUCAUAGAGCACCGGUGGAUCCAGCUUCUUCGCCUCGCAUCCCUCUCAUGGGUACAUUCCGGCCGGGAUCCUUCAUUCAAGGACAACCUUCAUCAGCGAGCGCGUCACCUCAGUUGACCACUAGAGAGAUUUCACAAUCUAGCUCUACUGCCUAUUGGCAACGUACACAACCAGCGAUGUCCUCGCCGCGACAGAUUCCAGCUGCCAUGUCCCAGUCGGUGCCUCCGGCACGUGGAUAUGUACAACAGCCACCUUUGCACGCAUCUCCUCGAUUACCAACAGCUCAGCCCUUUCGACACAAUACUACGGGCUACGGCAAAUUGGGACCUCAGGCUGUGCCAUCGCCAGAACAGUCAACGAUAAACAGCUCUCAACUCGGCUCGGGGGGGCCACCAUCUCCUGCAGUAGUAUCACCUCAUUUCACAGGAGCAAAUAUCCAUCGUCCGGUGUCUGUUCAUGGUACGAAAGUCCAAACGUCACAUUCUGUCUCUUCACGCUCAGGAGUACCGAUGGAACCUUGUAGACCUGGGUCUCGAGAACACCACAGCGACUCUUCAAAUGGGCCCUUACCUCCACCACAUCUUCGAAGAGGGAACUACGUUCCCACUACAGCAAUACAGCAAAGCCACUCUUCCCCUACUCAGGCACACAAUAAUCAUAUGAACCAUUCUCACAGGCACUCCCUCACCGCUAGCCAGUUAUACUCUUGCGGGAAUAGUACCGAAACUCCCAACUCGACACCGAGAUCUCACGCCUCACCAUACCAAGUUCCAGUCCAGCCACCAAAUCCAGUUCUACACCCGGCCCCCCUUCAUACUUAUCUCCCUCAGCACAUCGCUGAAGCGCUGAUAGAGCGAACUGGGGUAAGGAGGGGUAACGAUCUCCAACCUGGCGACUUCCUUAACUCCAUGAAUACGUAUCAAUGUCCGUUUUGUCGAGCAGGAGUGCCCGAGCAGGCCGUUUUUGUUCAGCAUCUACAAAGGCUUUGUCCUUAUGCCCAAAAAUUAAUCCAAGCAGGAAAUGAGACGGAAAUCCAUCGUUGA